GUCUUAUUAUCUUUUUAAAACAUGUGAGAAACAAAAACGUUCAAUGUUUAUAUAACACUUGAUGAGAAAUUCUUUUUUUUUGUAACGUAUUUUCGGAACGCCGGGUAUGAAAACAAAAAGAAAAUUAUAAGCAUAUUCUUAUUCUUCUUCGUAUAGCAAGACAUUAUUAAAAGAACGGUUGUUCUUGUAAAAUGAGGAUGAUUAUGUAUUAAUAUUUUAUUUUUAUUUUUAUUUAAUGGAUCUUUGGAAAAACAAACAUUAAAUCACAGAGUUGAAUGCGAAGUUAAUGAGCGAUUGUGAUUUGUCCGUAUUCAGUUUACCAGGACGUUCCCUUGCUCUUUUAUGCGUUAUUUUAAGUUUAUCCAUAGUAUUUUCACUAUUUGGUAUUAUCUUCAUUUUCUAUCCUUUAAUAACAGAAGAAAUAGAAUUGAAAAUUUUUAAAUUACCUCAUUUUCAACUAGAGUCAUAUUCGAAAGAGCUCAUCAAAGCUGCGAGUUUACUAGGUCAAUGGACACUUCCUAUUCAAUUACUUCAUGUAAUCAUCGGUCCAAUUGGCGUAUUGCUACUAGGCAUCAUAGUGGUCAUUAUUUCUUCUCGAGAAUUAGGACUCACUGACAAUAUUCAUAGACGUUUUCGUACGGAAAAUCCGUUUCUAUUUUCACGUACAAUUUUUGCAUUCAUUAUGGCGUCUCAUGCUUUAGCAAUGACUGGUCAAUGGUGCGUUCACCGUUUUUCUCCGCCAUGUUGUUGUAACAUCUUAGGGCUGUUAACGAAUGUGAUUCCAUUAAUUUUAGCACUUUAUUUAACAUCCGGAGUACAAUAUGAGUUACAUACAAACAUUGUUGAAAUAAUGACGCCUAUAAGUUUGAUUUGCUCCACUGUUGGUGUUACCAUUGUUUUAGUUUUUGUUAUUGUUUAUUUACAACUCACUGAAUGUCUUCCGAGCGAUGGAGUUUUCCAACACUAUCAAAUACAGGUAUUUAGAUUACAUAAUUAUUGGAAAAAAUUAUUACUGCAUCCGGUUAUUUGGAUCAACAUAUGCAUUCAUUCCAUGUUUUUCUCUCAUAAAUUUUUUUGGAUAUAUUCUAUACCGUCAGCUCAAAGAGCGUUUCAGUGGCAUGACGCCAUACCAACUUGUUACCAGAAAUUUUUACUUUUCGAUGGAAUAGGACGAUUUGUUAUUCCGUUUUUUACCGAUACAAUUUUCGGCCCACGUUGUACUCGUUUAGACUUUCUUGCCUUGCUUGGUGUACCCGUCCUUCUACUUAGUAUUAUAGACGGUAUGGGGUAUGUUAGCCCAACUAUGAGUUUGUAUUGGUUUUAUGGUAUGAGUGGAUACCUUGCUUUCAUCUCAGCAUAUGCGGUAUCCAUCACAAGAGCAACAGUCGAUUGUUUUUUUGUUACUUCCGUUUUCUCUAUAUCUGAAUCUUGUGCUAUUAUUUUUGUUCUAUUCUUAAACCAUGGAACUUAUUCUCUUGAAUUUCGAUAUAUUUACAAUCUAUGGUUAUUAAGCAGCUGUAUAGGAAUUCUAGGACUUUUUCUUUUAUGGGAAAAAUAUUGUGAUUUUCUAGGUGAUCAAUAUGGGUAUCCAUAUGGUCAAAUACUCGAAAGUACGCAAACAGAAAGUGGUUCAUACCAAUUGCUAAUUUCGACGGCUAUGAUUCCGCUUUGGACGUAUACUUCCUAGUGAAAUUCAACAGCGAAAUCGGUCAAAUCAAGUGGCCUAGAUUUUCAUACACAACGGUUUAAAAGAUUUCAUGAGACCAGUAAUGGAACAUACAGUUCUUUGACAAAUGUGUGAUACCCUUUUGUA